GUCCUAAUUGAAUAUCUCAUAUAUACUCGCUUAUAAAUGGCCGUUUCAAAACGGUUGCACUAUAUAUCCUUGUUCAUCGAUCAGUAGCUUCAACGCCCAUUUCACUUUCUUUGCCUCCAUCUCUAUCCCAGAGAUCAGAUCAUUUCACACGUAGAAGAAGAUUGUAUAUUAAUAAGUGAAGAAGAAUGGCAGAUAAUCAGUUACAAGUUCUGAAUGCACUUGACGUAGCCAAGACGCAAUGGUACCAUUUUACUGCGAUUGUAAUUGCUGGAAUGGGAUUCUUCACCGAUGCAUACGAUCUCUUCUGCAUCUCUCUUGUCACAAAGCUACUCGGCCGCAUUUACUACCACGAAGAAGGCUCCCAUAAGCCAGGGACUCUCCCUCCCAAUGUUGCUGCUGCCACCAACGGUGUUGCCUUCUGUGGGACCCUUGCCGGUCAGCUAUUUUUCGGGUGGCUUGGUGACAAGCUGGGGAGGAAGAAAGUGUAUGGCAUGACGUUGAUGAUCAUGGUUCUUUGCUCCAUAGCCUCUGGUCUCUCUUUUGGAGACAAGCCAAAAACCGUGAUGGCCACGCUAUGUUUCUUUAGGUUCUGGCUAGGGUUUGGGAUUGGUGGUGACUAUCCUUUGUCCGCAACGAUCAUGUCUGAAUACGCUAACAAGAAGACACGUGGAGCGUUUAUCUCAGCUGUUUUCGCAAUGCAAGGGUUUGGGAUCAUGGCUGGUGGCAUCUUUGCUAUUAUCAUUUCCUCUGUGUUUGAUGCUAAGUUCCCAGCGCCGGCCUAUGCGGAUGAUGCCUUGGGAUCCACGGUACCUCAAGCAGAUUUUGUGUGGCGUAUAAUCCUGAUGUUUGGUGCUAUCCCUGCGUCGAUGACGUAUUACUCAAGGUCCAAGAUGCCGGAAACCGCGAGAUACACAGCUUUGGUUGCUAAAAAUGCACAGCAAGCUGCUUCAGACAUGUCUAGGGUUCUGCAAGUGGCGAUAGAGCCGGAACAGAUUUUGGAAGAGAUUUCAACGGAUAAGUCCAAAUCCUUUUCCUUGUUUUCCAAACAAUUCAUGAAACGCCAUGGACUUCACUUGCUAGGUACUACAUCAACAUGGUUCCUUCUCGACAUCGCUUUCUACAGUCAAAACCUUUUCCAGAAGGAUAUUUUCAGCGCAAUCGGGUGGAUCCCUCCGGCUCAGACCAUGAACGCGGUUCAAGAAGUUUUCAAGAUUGCACGCGCUCAAACCCUCAUCGCCUUGUGUAGCACGGUUCCUGGUUACUGGUUCACAGUUGUGUUCAUUGACGUCAUUGGAAGAUUCGCCAUUCAGCUGAUGGGAUUCUUUUUCAUGACGGUCUUUAUGUUUGCGUUGGCUAUUCCGUACACUCACUGGACUCACAAGGACAACCGCAUUGGAUUCGUUAUCAUGUACUCCUUAACAUUCUUUUUUGCUAACUUUGGACCCAAUGCUACAACCUUUGUUGUACCAGCGGAGAUCUUCCCAGCCAGGUUCAGAUCCACCUGCCAUGGUAUCUCUGCUGCAUCAGGUAAACUAGGUGCGAUGGUUGGUGCGUUUGGGUUCUUGUACUUGGCUCAAAGCCCUGACAAGAACAAGACAGACGCAGGAUACCCUCCAGGGAUUGGGGUCAGGAACUCGCUUCUCGUGUUGGGUGUGAUUAACUUCUUGGGUAUUCUCUUCACUUUCUUGGUGCCUGAAUCCAAAGGCAAAUCGCUUGAAGAAAUGUCUGGUGAAAAUGAAAGCAAUGAGCAGAACAACAACGAUAGUAGAACUGUCGAAAUGGUGUAG